ACAUCUCCCGUGGUUCGACCGACACGACACCAUUUUUGCUCCAUUUAUCUUCUUCUUCAUUAAUAACGCACACCACACUCCCACUCUGCAAAAAAAAAAAAAAGCUUAAACACACACAUUAAUGGCGUGCCGUAUCAGUCUUAAGAUAACUUAACUCUGCACUAUUAUCAUUAUUCCCUCCACGUUUUUACAAAACCAUCUUCCAAAGCCAAAGCAAACUUCUUCAAACAAGUUUCUUUUAAUGAAGCAACUCUUUUUUAUUCAUUAAUUACAGUUUCAAGAAAGUAAAUAAAUUACUGUUAAAACCAGAAAUUACUGUUUCAAGAAGAUGAAAAGAUUGGUAAUUUUAUUGAGUUUAUUUUGUGGUGUUGUUGCGUUUGCUGCUAACGUGAGUUAUGACCAUAGAGCCUUGGUGAUCGAUGGAAAACGCCGCGUUUUGGUCUCUGGUUCUAUUCAUUAUCCAAGAAGUACUCCUGAGAUGUGGCAAGAUCUUAUACAGAAGUCAAAAGAUGGCGGUCUUGAUGUUAUUGAGACGUAUGUUUUUUGGAAUGCUCAUGAACCUGUUCGAAACCAGUAUAAUUUUGAAGGAAGAUACGACCUGGUGAAAUUUGUGAAGUUUGUAGCAGAAGCUGGACUUUAUGUUCAUCUUCGCAUUGGUCCUUAUGUUUGUGCAGAAUGGAAUUAUGGUGGUUUUCCUCUUUGGCUGCAUUUUAUACCUGGAAUCAAGUUUCGAACUGAUAAUGAACCAUUCAAGGCUGAAAUGCAAAGAUUUACAGCUAAAAUUGUGGACAUGAUGAAGCAGGAGAAGCUUUAUGCUUCUCAAGGAGGACCCAUCAUUUUAUCACAGAUUGAAAAUGAAUAUGGAAACAUUGAUUCAGCAUAUGGAGCUGCUGCCAAAACCUACAUCAAAUGGGCAGCAGGCAUGGCUAUAUCUUUGGAUACUGGUGUGCCCUGGGUCAUGUGUCAGCAAUCAGAUGCUCCUGAUCCUGUUAUAAAUACCUGCAAUGGGUUCUACUGUGAUCAAUUUACCCCAAAUUCUAAGAACAAACCUAAAUUCUGGACUGAGAAUUGGAGUGGAUGGUUUCAAUCCUUUGGUGGUGCUGUUCCCUAUAGACCAGUCGCGGAUCUUGCAUUCGCGGUGGCGAGAUUUUACCAACUAGGUGGAACUUUGCAAAACUAUUAUAUGUACCACGGCGGGACUAACUUUGGCCGGAGUACAGGCGGACCCUUCAUUUCUACGAGUUAUGACUACGAUGCGCCUCUUGAUGAAUUUGGACUUCUUAGCCAACCUAAAUGGGGUCAUCUGAAAGAUGUGCAUAAGGCCAUCAAGCUUUGUGAAGAAUCACUAAUUGCCACUGAUCCGGCAACUACUUCUCUAGGUUCAAAUUUGGAGGCAACAGUUUACAGAACAGGAUCAUCUUGUGCAGCUUUUCUUGCAAAUUUCGGCACCACUGAGAAAAGUGUAGCGUUCAACAGCAAUUCAUACAAUUUGCCAGCAUGGUCUGUGAGCAUCUUACCGGACUGCAAGAAUGUAGUUAUGAAUACUGCUAAGAUUAACUCGAUGUCUGUAGUUCCAACCUUCACUCAUCAAUCUCUAGUCGGUAACUUUGGUUCUUCAAAGGCUAUUGGCUCUAGUUGGAGUUGGAUAAAGGAACCUGUAGGUAUUUCAAAGAAUGAUGCGUUUGUGAAAUCUGGACUACUUGAGCAGAUUAAUACUACAGCUGAUAAGAGUGACUACUUAUGGUAUUCAUUAAGCACUAAUAUCAAAGGUGAUGAGCCCUUCCUUGAAGAUGGCUUGCAAUCUGUUCUUCAUGUUGGAUCUCUUGGCCAUGCCCUCCAUGCUUUUGUUAAUGGCAAACUUGCAGGUAGUGGAACAGGCAAAAGCAGCAAUUCUAAGGUUGCAGUAGAUAUUCCCAUCACGCUGACUCCUGGAAAGAACACCAUUGAUCUCUUAAGUUUGACUGUUGGACUUCAGAAUUAUGGAGCUUUUUUUGAAUUAGCCGGUGCAGGGAUCACCGGUCCAGUAACACUGAAAUCACAAAAUGGCAAUAUUGUUGAUCUCUCUUCGCAGCAGUGGACAUACCAGAUAGGACUUCAAGGUGAAGAUUCGGGCCUUUCUAGUGGAAGUUCUACACAGUGGAUUUCACAGCCUGCCUUGCCUAAGAAUCAGCCUUUGAUAUGGUACAAGACCAGCUUCGACGGGCCUGCUGGAAAUGAUCCGAUUGCAAUUGAUUUCACAGGGAUGGGGAAGGGAGAAGCGUGGGUGAAUGGACAAAGUAUUGGAAGAUAUUGGCCAACUAAUUUGUCACCAACUACUGGAUGCACUGCUUCUUGCAAUUACGUAGGCGCUUACAGCUCAAACAAAUGCCUCAAGAACUGUGCUAGGCCUUCUCAAACAUUCUACCAUGUACCUCGCUCAUGGGUGAAACCAAGCGGCAACAUUCUUGUAAUAUUUGAGGAAAUAAGUGGGGAUCCAUCACAAAUAGCUUUUGCUACAAGACAGGCUCAAAGUUUGUGCUCGCGCAUAUCCGAAUCGCACCCACAACCUGUAGAUAUGUGGAACACAAAUUCAGAAGGAGGAAGAAACUCAGGACCUGUAUUAUCUCUGCAAUGCCCGCAUCCUGAUCAGGUCAUUUCGUCGAUUAAGUUUGCGAGUUUUGGAACCCCACAAGGAAGUUGUGGAAGUUUUAGCCACGGCAAAUGCCAAACCUCUACCGCUCUUUCCUUUGUACAGAAGGCUUGUAUUGGAUUAAAGAGUUGUAAUGUUGGAGUAUCAAUCAAUACAUUUGGUGAUCCAUGCGUCGGAGUAACCAAGAGUUUAGCAGUAGAAGCAUCAUGUACAUGAAAUCCUGCUAAAACCGCGCUCUCAAGUAAGUGUCAACAUUAAAUAAGCCUUUUGGUUGAUUAUCAAAAAAGAAAAGAAAAUAUAUCACAAAAAUGAAAAGUUGGAAAAUUCCAGUCUACACUGUAUUACUUGCAUAAAAUAAGUAUCAGUGACUCUUUAAAAGGGCUCUACUGAUCAAUUAUGCAAUACUUAAUAAAUUGUAUUCCGACCUGCCAUUUUUUAGGCUGUAAUAAAAAUUCUUAAAUAGCAAUAUCAGGAGGAAAAAAAAGUGAUUUUUUCUCAAACUAUUGAUGCAA